AUGUGGAUCUAUGGCACCAUCUCCGAGUCUCUACUCAAGUCGGUGCUCAAGACCAAAUGUUCCGCGACGGAGUUGUGGAAGUCAUUGGAAAACCUUUUCCGUGAUAACAAGGAAGCAAGAGCCAUUCAACUCCAGAAUGAACUCCGACAGCUUCGGAUUGGCGACCUCGCGGUCCACAAUUACUGUCAGAAAUUAAAAACUAUCUCCGAUCUGCUUGCCAACGUUGACUCGCCUAUCACUGAGCGACAACUGGUUAUGCAUCUCCUCAAUGGGCUCAGCUCCAAAUUUGAUAACAUAAUCAAUGUUAUCAAGCACCGAUCUCCGCCGUGCACGUUCAGUAUUGCCCGCUCAAUGCUCAAAGACGAGGAAGAUCGGCUUAACACCAAACGCCAGGCCGAACCCUCUCAUCAUGAUAACGCCUCCGCUCCCCAAAUUCUCGUAGUGGCGGCGCCUCCAUCAUAUGAUCAUCAUCCGCGAUCUAACUCGUCUGAUAACCAGAACCGUGGGAAUCGAGGUCAACGAGGAAAUCGUGGUGGUCGCAAUAGUCGGGGUCGAGGCAAUUCGAAUUGGUCAGGAAACUCGAAUUGGUCAGGAAACAAUUGGAAUACUGGGCCACCUCCACCAUGGGCUUCGCCCAACACACCACCAUGGCCCAUGCCUUCCCCAUGGCAGCAACAAUCCCCAUGGCCCAUGACCUGGCCCACUCCAUCUCCAUGGCCCAACUAUCCUCCUCGACCUCAGUCUCAGGUCACGCAGCCGCCGUCGUCAGGGAUUCUCGGACACAACCCACGGGCGGCUUACAUCUCCACGCACAAUCCGCCUGUGCCUCUGUCACCGGUUCCGACAGCGGAUCCGAUUCCUACCGCCUUGGCUAAUGUCUUCAAUACGACGACGUUAUCGGACCCGACAGAUGCUGGCUGGUAUAUGGACACUGGUGCGACGGCUCACUUGACAUCACAACCUGAUUCGAAUCCACCUCCACUGCCGUUUCCUGUUUCACCAUUGGUGUAUCCACCACCGCUUCUUCAUGCUGUCCCAACGGCUCCAACACCUCCGCCAGUGAAUCCACCAUCUCCACCUCUCGUUGUGUCUCCACCGUCUUCUCCGCCACGGGAUCUACCUCCGUCACCCACACCGCAUGUGGAAUGCGACUCACCGAUGCCUGCCUCUGGCUCCUCUCGCAUCUCGUCAAGACCAGCUCCUCCACCUGAACCAGACCAAUCUGUGCCUCAUCCGCCUCCACCUGUCCCUCCUCGUCAACCAGAACCUGCACCAGCACCUUCUCCUGAUCGCAUUCAGACAAGGAGUCGCAGUGGCAUUACCAAGCCUAAGAAGUUCAUCUCUCUUCACACAGAUGUUAUUUCGCCUCUACUACGUUCACAUCUUGAAGUAUUCAAGGAUCCAACCUGGAAUGGCGCUAUGCAUGCUGAAUAUGAUUCUCAAAUUGCAGCUCGCUCCUGGAAUCUGGUUCCCCGACCUCCGAAGGUUAAUAUUGUGCGAUCUAUGUGGCUCUACACUCACAAAUUUCGCGCCGAUGGCACUUUGGCUCGCCAUAAAGCUCGUCUCGUCGCAAAUGGGAAAUCUCAACAAGUUGGCAUCGAUUGCGCAGAGACGUUUAGCCCUGUGAUUAAACCGACGACUGUACGAACCAUCUUGGACAUUGCCGUCUCUCGCGACUGGCCCUUGCAUCAGCUUGAAGUCAAGAACGCCUUCUUACAUGGCAAUCUCGAAGAGACUGUACAUGCAUCAGCCACCGUGCUUCGUUGA